AUGGUACCGCCCAAGUCGGACGUGCAAGAAGGUCAGUUGGUCAGCUUUGCUGAUUCCGGUCUCAAACGAGAGCUGUCCGAGCGGCAGAUAUCCAUGCUCUCCCUGGCCAGCAUCAUCGGAGGACCGGCUUUCUACCUGAUCGGAUAUGUGAUCCAUCUCUCUGGUCCUAUUGGAACCUUGCUGGCCUUCUGCCUCGUUGGGUUCAUUGUUUGGGCUCUAAUGCAAAGCCUCGGCGAGGUGACAACCAUGUUCCCGAUUGCAGGAGGCUUCAUUGAGCAUGCGACGCGCUUUGUCGAUCCGUCAUUUGGCUUCGCCCUGGCUUGGAUCUAUUAUCUGAUGUGGUGCGUCUUGCUGGCGACCGAGUGGAGUGGGGCGAUCCUCGUCCUCAACUACUGGAUAACCCCGGAGCAGAUGCCCAUCUGGGGCUGGUGCCUGGUCUUUUUCGGCUUUUUCACGGUGUUGACCAACUGUGGGGUCGUGGUCUACGGUGAAAUCGAGUAUUGGCUUGGGUGGGCCAAGCUCUUCGCUAUCUUUGCCUGCUUUUUCGUUUCGUUCCUCGUCAACGUGGGUGCCUUUGGUAACGGAUACGUUGGGUUUCGAUACUGGACGCCGCCGAACGGACCUUUCCAAGGGGGGAUAGGCGGAUUCGCACAGAGCUUGGUCACAGGAGCCGCGUUCUAUGUGGGCACCGAGAUCCUCUCCCUCGCCGCCGCAGAAACGCAGCAGCCCCAGCGGGCGAUCCCCCGAGGCACUCGAAGUGUUGUGAUCCGCAUCUGUGUCGUCUUCAUUGGCCUGGCAUUCUGGCAGUCGAUCAUCUGCCCUGCCACAUCUCCCCAGCUCCUGCAGGCCGAUUCCACUGUGGGCACAUCCCCUUUCACUAUCGCCUUCACGCAGGUCGGCUGGGUGUCGUCGGGAGACUUCAUCAAUGCCCUGUGUACCAUGGCCUUCAUUUCAGGGGUCAACGGCGCUGUCUAUGUGCAGUCGCGCGUUCUGUACUCCAUGGCGUUGACUGGACGUGCUCCAAGAGUCUUUGCGCGGUUGUCUAAAGCGAAAGUGCCGUAUGUGGCGAUUGUGGCGGCCAACAUGUGGGGUUUCCUGACACUCUUAAAUCUGGGAGGCUCGGCCGGGGCCAUCUAUUCCUACAUUGUGACGGUGGCCGGGUCCUGUGCGUAUAUCACCUGGGCCUGCAUUGUGUUCACUCACUUGCGCGUUCGCGGCGGUCUGGUUCGACAAGGAAUCGACCUCGACACGAUCCCAUUCCGGGCUGCGGGCAGCAUCUGGAUCUAUCGCUGCAAUUUUGUCCUAGUGAUCUUUCUCCUCCUGAUUUCCGGCUACACAACCCUGGUACCCUUUGACCGAGCGGGGUUUGUCUCGUCUUACAUAUCCAUACCGACCUUUUUCAUUUGUUACUUGGGGCACAAGCUUUAUCACCGAUCCCAGUGGUAA